AUGCGAUCAAGCGUCAUCUUGUCGCUGCUCACAUUCGCAAUUAUUGCAUCUCUUAUACCGCCAUGUAUCGGUCAAGCAGAUGCUACAGCAUCUGUUCAUCCGCUAAAACAAGUAGCCCAAUCUGAUGCCUUCGACCAUCUCAUACGCACGCUCUCACACUCGCUCUCGCCAACGAAGAUCAAAGAGGUGAUCCAGAAAGCACCAGACAUACUCAAACUCCGUUCCAACAACUUCCUCGGUACUGGCUUAAAACGCAAAUCGAUCGCGGGUGCGUACGGCACAAGUAUUGCUGUGGCUGGUGGCGCAGGUGCAAUCAUAUACCAAGGUCUUAAUCUUGAGUCGAGGAAUCGAGAGCAGGAGAAUAAAGAUGGCAAAGAUCGACUAUAUCGAAAAGCGAUCUGCGCUGCAUUACAAGAAGCAAGAAGAAGGAAUGCAGCAGCAAAAACAGCAUCAUCACCACCAAGCGUGCCCGAAGCUGCUCCUGCUCUUUCGCCUAAUACGGCUGAAGCACCUCCACUCGCACCGCCGAGCGCGCGCUGGCAGAACAGAUACAAAUUUGGUGACAGGACCAAAUCCGACCCAUCAGUGCCGCCCGAAUCAAGACCAAAGGCUGAUUGGGACAAGAGAGCUCUCAACGAUGCUACGUUGACCGCGAUAGAGGAUUACAACAAACUCAUUGCAGGAACAGAGGCAAUCGUGUCUGGUUCACUUGCUCUUGUAGCUGCAGCUCAAGCACAUCAUCGUAGUCACAAGCCAUCGCCGCUCGAGUUCUACUGCUGA